CUCACGCCUAGCGAUCACGCUCUGAAGAAGCGGCGCCGCCACCAGUGCCAUCUUUCAGUCGCCGGCGCUGCCGAGGUCUGUCCAGCCGAUGGUGCUAGAUGGAGAAGGAGAAGUGAGUCGGCCUGUUCUGGAUGCCGUCCACACGGGAAGCAGAGUCGCCGCCGCCGCCGCCACUGUCCCUGUUCAAAACAACAAGCGAGCAGCCAACAGAGGCAACAACGACCAGAGACCUAAGAAGAUGAAGCAGAUAGAAUCUUUUUUCAAGGUUAUCCCAGUAAAUCAGUCUGGACCCCAAGUUUGUGAAUCUGAAGUAAAUGUAACAAUUUCAGAAGCUAGUGUUCCUUAAGUAUUAAGCCAAGAGACUGAUACAAAUAAUUUGCAAGAUGAUAUUCCUCAAAUAUUUAAUCCAGCUGACAUUGAACCUGAUCCUGGCCUUCGGAAACAAAUUGAAGAGUAUGCUACCCCAGAAAUCAGAGAUGUAGUGAGAAGGGCAUAUAUCUCGAAAGGUGCAUGUCAGCCUAAAGAUCAUGAUUUUGAACGCAAUGAAGAUGGCAGGGUAUUUAGAGAAAUAUGGUACAAGGAGUUUGAUUGGCUAGAGUAUAGUGUAGCCAAAAGAGUUGCUUAUUGUUUUCACUAUUUUCUUUUCAAGAAACCAACAAUCAGUUCAAAGUUUGGGGCUGAAGUCUUCACCAAGACUGGGUAUACGAACGGGAAGAAAGCAGUUGAAAACUUCAGGCUCCAUGUAGGUUCAACAAAUAGUGCUCACAACAAUUCAAGAAGGCAUUAUGAAGAUUUUAAAAAUCAGAAGCAAAGUGUGACAUAUGCAAUGACUACUCAAACUGAGAAGGCACAUAUUGAAUACCAGAACCGAUUGUUGGCUAUUGUUGGUGUUGUAAGGUUUCUACUUAGGCAAGGUCUUGCUUUUCGUGAUCAUGACGAGUCUAAGAAUUCGAGAAACAAGGGUAAUUUCCUUGAGAUGUUAGGGUGGUAUGCUCAAAGAUGUAAGGAUGCAGCUGAUGUUCUCUUUGAUAAUGCUCCUGGAAAUCAUCAAAUGACUUGUCAUGAAAUUCAGAAGCAAUUGGUGCAAGCUUGUGCAGAAAAAACUAUUGAAGUCAUGAUGAAUGAGCUUGGGGAUGGUCAGUUCUCACUUCUUGUUGAUGAAUCCCGUGAUGCGUCAAUCAAGGAGCAAAUGGAUGUGAUUUUGAGGUUCUUGAAUAAGCAAGGGGAGACUUUAGAAAGGCUGCUUUGUGUUGAGCAUGUUGUUGACACCACAUCUGCUUCUCUCAAACAAUCUUUGGAGAAAGUGUCUGCGACCCAUAAUUUGAGCAUGUCUAGGCUAAGAGGGCAAGGAUAUGAUGGAGCCUCAAAUAUGCGUGGGCAACUUAAUGGCUUAAAGAAACUUGUGCUAGAUGAUAAUCCUCAUGCAUGUUAUGUACAUUGUUUUGCCCAUCAACUUCAACUAGUGGUUGUGGCUUUUGUGAAAGGAGUUCUUGCUGUUAGUGAUUUCUUUGGCUAUACAAAUAUCAUUGUGACCACGGUAAGUUCAUCUUGUAGAAGAAAAGAUGUGCUGCUACAGAAACAUCAUGACAAGAUUUUACUCCAAUUGGAGAAUGGGGAGAUUAUGAAAGGAAGGGGAAAACAUCAAGAGACAACUAUAGCACGACCUGGUGAUACACGUUGGGGAUCACACCAGAGAACUCUAGUUCGUAUCUAUCAAAUGUGGGACUCGGUGAUCCAAGUGCUACAUGCUAUUUGUUUAGAUGGAGAAAAUGACGACGAAAAAGGCAAAGCUUCAGGUUUGAUGAAACAAAUGGAAGUCUUUGAAUUCGUACUCAUAUUGCACUUGAUGAUUAAAGUGCUUGGUCUAACUAAUGAUUUGUCGCAAGCAUUGCAACAAAAGGACCAAAACAUAGUCAGUGCAAUGAACAUGAUUGUCUCUGUGAAAAGGUUAUUGCAGCAUUUGAGGGAUGAAGGGUGGGAGCCACUUUUGGAGGCUAUAACUGCAUUUUGUGUUCAGAGAGAUAUACCGGUGCCAAAUAUGAAUGAUAAUAUUUCAGCAAGGAGUUAUCCAAGGAGUUCACGUAAGUCAGUUACUUGCUUCCAUCACUACAAGGUAGAAAUAUUCAAUGAGGUGAUUGAUAGAAACAUAGCCGAGAUGAACAAUCGAUUUAAUGAAACAACAACCCGAUUAUUGAUUUGCAUUUCAUGUCUAGAUCCUAGAGACUCAUUCAGUAGCUUUGACCAUGACAAGAUAAUUGAGCUUGCAAGCAUUUACUCAGCAGACUUUGAUCCAGAAGAACGGCAAUUUUGAGUGGUCAGCUUGACAUAUACAUUGAUGUGAUGAAAAGAUCACCUGUUUUUUGUGGUUGUGAUAGUCUAUCAAGUCUCUCUGUCAAGUUAGUUCAAACUAAUGAGUAUUUGCGUUUCUCAUUGGUUUACCGACUCAUAAAACUCGCAUUGAUAUUGCCGGUUGCGACUGCAUCAGUUGAAAGGGCUUUCUCAGCCAUGAAUAUAAUAAAAACAGAUUUGAGAAACAAGAUAGGUGAUGAAUGGUUGAAUGAUAUGAUGGUUUGCUAUGAUGAGCGAGAUAUAUUUGCUGGGAUUGAAGACAAGAAGAUUAUCGAACAUUUUC